AGAUUUGUUCAAGUGACAGUGUAGUAGUGACACAAGAAUUGUGACAGGCAAAAUUUGUCACAAUUUGUAAUUUUUAAGAAGUUUUAAGUAUUGAGUAACAAUCCUAAGAUUGUUCAGCAAGAGUUUUGUUAAUCAAAACAAGUAUCGUUUAACAAAAAAUAACCCAAAACCCACUGAAAAUAACAACACCUAAAAUGAAGAACUUUGGAAGUAUAAACAUAUAUAACAGAUCCAAGAAAUUUAUUUUCUAGUUUACACAUUUGAAUUUAAUUAUUACAAAAAUUUAAGAGUUCAAAUGUACCUAUGUACAUCUGUAUUAUAACAAAUACAUCGAAUGAAAUUAUUAAUAAACUGAUUCAAAACUGAAAAUUGAAACAUAACCUUGCUAGAAAAGUACGUGGGGAUAGGUAUAAAAGCUUUCAUUUAAGGAGGGUGCGGCUGUUUACGUCUUUCCGUACCGAUACAUUAAGUGACCGUUCCAGAUGAAAAUUUACGUUUUAGCAGCGGCCGUUGUUGCCGUAGCUGCCGCAGCUAAUAACAACAAACAGUACACCACGCCUGUACCGAUUCUCAAGCAAAUCGACAAACAUAACGAAGACGGCAGCUACAGCUACGGUUACGAAGCUGCUGAUGGCACAUUCAAAAUCGAAACCAAAUACCCAAACGGCGAAGUAUACGGCAAAUACGGAUACAUCGAUGACGCUGGUGCUUUGAGGGAAGUAGAAUACGGGGCUAGUAGAAGAGGCUUCGAACCUGCCGGCAAUGAAAUUCAAGUAGCUCCACCUACUCUUAAUUCUGAUCGUAAUGCUAUUCGUCCUCUCGGGCCCGAAGAAGAAGACGAUGGACAGUACCGCGAAGAUCCUGCAGAUUAUUACAAAAACGAUCCUUACACACAACCCCGACAGCCCAUCAAUAACCCAACACCAAGAUAUCGUCCGGAAUCCGUAUAUAGACAAGAACCUGAUACUUUCGAACCUGAAAUAGUCCAACCGUCCUACAGACCCCAACAAUCUUAUAGAGCGCAAAAUACGUAUCGACCUCAAACGUCGUUCAGGCCUCAACAAUCUUACAAACCUCAGAGUUAUUAUAGAAACGAUCCGGAACCUAGAUAUUACGAACCGGAACCUCAACCACGUCCGCAGCCUGUGUAUCGACCACAAUCAAAUUUCGGUUUUCGAAACGAUAAUAAUAACAAUUGGAAUCCUACGCCCGCACCUACUUGGAACAAUAACCCCACUUGGAAUAAUCCCCAACCGAACGGCGGCGGUCCGUCUUGGGCAGGAAAUCCGGCUCAAAACGUCGAUAUUUCUACUGGAUCAUACACAGUUCAAUACAAGAGAUAAGAACUGAGAGAUUUGUAAAAAUUGUACAAUGGAAAUCAAUUAACGGAGAGAGUUUUUUUCAUUUUGGAGAAAUUUAUAAUUUUGAGGUUAUGUUGUUGACUUAAAAACCUUUAACUUUAACUAUAACUGCUGCAUCUAAAUGUCAUUUACCUAGUCUGUACAUCUUUGAGUUGUGAUAAAUCUUCUCUUUCCAUAUGCCGCUGAAAUAUCCUAAAAUCCUUUUCAAUCACUUCUUAUCAUUCGCCUCCCUUUCAUCGACAUCACCACUUCCUUUGGUUCCUUCUCCUUCUUGGAAGAAAAAUUUUCCUAUAAUCGACUAUUCAUAUCUUUUAUGAUGAUGCUACCAAAACUGACUCUCGUGUUUUUUGAGCAGUAACUCCUUCCGCUUACUUAUACAUCAUCAUUAACGCUUUGAAAUAUAUCUCUAACUGUCACAAAGAUGUCGCUAUAUGUACCAAAUCGCCUAUUUCGCCUAUAUAGUCAAAUAAAAUCAUGUUAACUGAUCAUCAAAUAGUCGAAAACAUAUGUGGCGACAUCUAUUAGGAGAUUUGGUGAUGUAACAAACAUAACCUAUAAAUUUGAAAUUUCGUAACGAUCAUUAAUAAUUGAUUCUCAUUUGAACGAAAGUGAUUCGCACUUAGAAAUACAAUUUUGUAAUUUAUUUGUAGUGCAACAUCAUUAGGACAUCUUUUUAUGACUGAAAUAUACAGGUUGUUCCUUGAUAUUAUAAUAAAAUCAUUUUUUUUUCUUCUGAUAUUUUUCGUACUAUUCCCGAUUAUACGUAAAGAAGACUAGAAUUAAUUUCAAACAAAACAUCCUGUAUAUUAUUUAUAUAGAUUCUCCCUAUUUGAUGUUGCAAAUUUUAUUAUUAAACUAUAUCUAUUAUAUUCAAUGGAAAUAUAAUUUUUUAUGGAA